AUGGACUUGCUUGAGAUUGAUUUCGAGGAAUAUGUACUGGAUAUCGAGGCUGACCUGGCAGAAGAACUGGACCUCUUCGAGGUUUCCCCUGACGAGAUGGAUUAUUCAGAUUCAGAUCUCCGGUGGAUUGAGGAACUAAUGCCAGAAGAAGAUUGGUUAGCCGAUGUGAGGGUGGUGGUGGAGGACGAGGACGCUUCUCCUGUAUGGCGAUCGGAAAUGGCCUUGCUUGAGAUUGAUUUCGAGGAAUAUGUACUGGACAUCGAGGCUGACCUGGCAGAAGAGCUGGACCUCUUCGAGGUUUUCCCGGACGAGAUGGAUUAUUCAGAUACCGAUCUAUGGUGGAUUGACGAACUGAUGCCAGAGGAAGAUUCAUGGCGUUCGGAAAUGGACUUGCUGGAGUUGGAUUUCGAGGAGUAUGCACUGGACAUCGAGGCUGACCUGGCAGAAGAGCUGGACCUCUUCGAGGUUUUCCCUGACGAGAUGGAUUAUUCAGAUACCGAUCUAUGGUGGAUUGACGAACUGAUGCCAGAAGAAGAUUGGCUUGUAUGGCAGCUCAUACUCUCUACUGAAAUAUGGCGAUUGGAAAUGGACUUGCUGGAGUUGGGUUUCGAGGAAUAUGUACUGGGCAUCGAGGCUGACCUGGCAGAAGAGCUGGACCUCUUCGAGGUUUUCCCGGACGAGAUGGAUUAUUCAGAUACAGAUCUAUGGUGCAUUGACGAACUGAUGCCAGAGGAAGAUUGGUUAGCCGAUGUGAGGGAGAUGGUUGAGGACAAAGACGCUUCUCCUGUGCGAGAAGUCGUCGUCAUACGAAUACAUUUCAUUGGUGUAAAGGAAUUUGUAAUUCCAAAACGUAAAAGACGGCACAGAGAACAUGCUGAAGUUUUGAAGCUUCUUACAGCGACGGCAUCUGAAGAUCGUGUGCAGCCUGAAACAUCAUCAGUAGUUUUCUGA